AUGUUUAGUGACAAGGAAAUCAUGAGCGGUGCCGAGGCCGUUGUACUAAACUACAUUCAUUAUCUACUUGGAAGUACUGGGUCCACUCAUACUGAAACAUCUUCACAGAGAGACGUUGAAUCCGUUUCUAUUAUUUCUAGUACUCCUUUUUCUACUACAAAGCGAGUGGGACUUAAAAAUCACAACAUCAUCACAUGUGCAAAUGAAAAAAAAAUAGAGCUGCUGCGGCGAGACGCCCAAACCUUUUAUGUACUUUCUUGCGUUGUGGACAUGGUGGAAAAGGGGUUGAUGUGCACAGAACGUGAUGUUUAUUAUAGGAAUGCCCCGCUUUUCCCUAAUGGACAAAGAGAGGUACAUAGCAGUAUUGACCGCCUUUGUCGCUGGAUGAAUUCUAUGUAUCCAUUAUAUUAUUCCGCAAAACCACACGGUGUGAAUGGGGUUAAAAAGGAAGAACCACGACCCUACACACGCGAAGGUAUACGAAUUGGCGCAAGCGGCAAGAGUAUUCUUACUGGUUACUUAUCAUUUGAUGUUCCUAAACGUUCAGAUAUGACAAUAUAUAACUCACAUUCCACACAAGAUCCAGCUUCGAGUGAAGUUAUAGAAGAGAAUCUGCAGACGACGAGUAAUUGUACUAGUAGUCAUUCCACACAUCUUUUGGAGAUUGAUGUCAUGCGUCAUACUUCUGGUGUUCUUAUUGAUACUAUGGUUGGAUUGAAGGGUUGUCGUUUUCGAGGAGCAAGAGGGAGCAAUAUCCCACCCUCCGCUUUGGUGCUUGUGGAGAAGGAAAGUACAUUGCGUACACUUAUGGAAACAAAUGGCGCGUUUGAAGUUGAUGCGCCGUUACAUCGCUGUGUUUUUGUAUGCAGUAAAGGAUAUCCGUGCAGAGCCUCACGCAACUUUCUCCGCAAUUUACACCGCGAACUGCCACACUUGCCAAUCUUUCUACUCGUGGAUGGGGAUCCCCAUGGACUGCGCAUUGCCCUUACCUUUAUAGGCCUCUUUGGUGACCACGGCACACCGCAACGGCGCAAUGCGAGGAAACAGCAACGAAUAGAAGAGCGUGCGGAUUAUAUUUCUCAAUUACUUCCCGCACGCUGGGUUGGAGUGCGUCCUUCUGCCUUGCCCCACCGCACCGCUGGAAGGACACCACUGACGUCGUCAGACCAUCAGGUCCUUUCACAGGUGAUGCAGCGUAUAAGUGAAACUCUGGAGAUUCUUGAGGUGAAUGAUGGUGUUUCAACUAGUAGAGAGAAGGAAAUUGAUUUACUUCGCUCUUCUUUCCAGAAUAUGCUGGAUGAAGCGGAGUGGAUGAAGAAGAAUUCAUUGAAGUGCUCAUUACAGGCCUGGCCUAAUGGCCCAGUGGACAUUCUUGGAGAAUUCCUUUAA